AUGGCUAUAAGUCACCCCAAAUUUCCUAAGCUUCCAAUAUCACGUCAAUACAGUCCAACUUUCGGCCAACCAAAGGACUGGGGAACUAAUUAUGGAUCAAGAAUCAGGGGUUACUUUGUGCCACUUCAAACGGGAUAUCACAUCUUCCAAUUAGCGAGUGACAACGAGGGUGAGUUAUUCUUCAGCUUAAACGAGAACCCAGACGAGAAAAUACUAAUAGCUAAAGCCGGCAAAGAUCACGAGUCUCAUCACUUGGGCUUUAAUGCAUAUCCUGAACAAAAGUCUCAACCAAUACACUUGAUAAAAGGCUCUUAUUACUACCUCGAAGGACUACAUAAACAACAAUAUGGCCGUGACAACUUUGAUGUUGGUGUAAUUACUCCCGACGGAAAACAGCACAAUCCGAUCCCUUCGCGAUUUCUUCGUACAACAACACCACCAAAACCACGACCAGCCAACGAAACCCCCGCUGCCAUGAUAACAAUAGCUGCGCAGGCGGGAGCCAAGGCUGGUGCCACCCUUGGUGCAAAACAAGCAAUAAAGAGUGGUGCAACAGCUGGUGCAGAAGCAGGAGCUAUGGCCGGAGAGAAAGCUGGAGCCGAGGCUGGUGCAGUAGCAGCGAGAGCAGCAGCCCUGAAAGUAGCAACUAAAACACUCAGAGAAGCUUUGGCAAAAAUUGGUUCUUUCAACAAACCGAUUUUUAACAUCUAUAUGGCAAAUGGGAGUGUCAUUCCAUUGCAACAAGGAGCAACAUCCCAAACCGGAGGUCAAGUGAAAAGCUAUCGUCCUGUUAAUUGUGCUGGAUUUAUGUUUCUUUCCAUCACAGUUGUGAGUACAGCUAUGUAUGUCAUCUACUCUCUUGAUGUACCAGCUAUUCAGGACCCGAAAGUCAAUCUUUGCUGGCGAAUCAACGCUGGUAGACUUGAGCUGUCUCGCCUUUGUCAGGUCUUAGUUGCCAGGAUUCCGGGUUUCAUUCCAGGAACAAGAGAUGAGCAGUCUAUAUCAUUCGAGUCUGUGUGCGCACCUGGUAACUUUGUUCGCCAAAAAAACUACAAAUUCAUCUUGGGACAGACGACAGACCCAACAUUUAGGCAGGAUGCCAGUUUUGCGUUUUCCCAAGUGUAUUCGGUGCAGUCUGGCGGUUUUCAGUUCAAUCUGAAAAGGCGUAAAGGAUGGUACGUAUGUCGAAGUUCAAAUAAAACCAACCACCGAGCGGAUAUAGAGGCGGACUUCCACUUCGAUAACAUAAUCUGGUUGAGGCGAUGUGCUUUUGUUCUAAGACCUCUUUCGGCUAAAGAAAGUCCACGUAUGAACUGCUUCGGUACAUUUCAGCCACCCAAGCUACCCCACCCACCGAGUACAACAAAGCCAAUCCCAGCCCAUACCAUCAGCACAACACCAAAAACAAUUCCAACGACCGCAAAACCUCAUAAACCCGAAGAACCGUGCUACGAUGUCACGUUUUGGAAUCAUGCCGGCGUUCCUUUUUUACUCUAUUCCAGUCUCAAACCAGAAGGUUAUUUAGUUAAAGGACGCAAGCUACAACUCCGCUAUGUUAUUCGAAGUGGGAAAGCGGUCAAGAGAUCACUUGAUACUGAUUAUGAUGCCAAAUAUCUAUCCCAGGUCAUGGAAGACUUGGGAGAUAGUCAGCAACUAUUUCUUGACAAGAGUGCAAUCCCUAUAGCUAGCAAUAAAAUUGUAACUUUCUGGGUGAAAGAUCCGGCGGGAAAACGCGAGAUUCUUUUGGACGGAAGGAGGAUGUUGUAUUCGGUUCCUGGGGUUCACUGCUAUCACCCCAUACAUGUAACAGUUACGUCAAAGCCAAAACCAACCUCAAAAAUCUACCUUGCCUACUUCUCCGCCGCCACCCAUAUCACAAACACAACCACCUCCUCCACCACCUCCUCCCCCUCCACCUCACCCUCCACCUCCUCCNCCCCUCCUCCUCCCUCUCCUCCCUCUCCACCUCACGUUCCUCCCCCUCAUCCCCACGUCCAUCCAACUCCUCCUUCACCACAAACACUGUCCCCUCCACCGAUCAAGCCCCCACCACCACCACCUCCUCUACCACCUCCUCCUCCGCCUCCCUUUUCCCCUUCCCCAACUGUGCCCAUUACAACUACCAAGCCUUCUUCAACCCCACCACCUUGUAGUCCCACAGGAUCGAAUACAUCUUAUCCUACAACCAAGCCUGGUCCAUGUAACCCAUAUCCACCUAUCACCAAGACGACACCAAAACCCCCUAUUACUCCCCCAUCACCAUUUCCAUGUGACCCUAAAUUACCAGGUACUCCUGAGAUACCCUUUCGUCCAUGUACUACAACUACGACAUCUUCCACAAAGCCGCAACCUACGACACCUCCACCCUGCCGGCCAAAUGGCAACCCUCAACCCUCAGGCUCUCCACCUUGCAAGCCUUUUACUACUCCUCCUCUUGCUCCUCUUCCCUCUCCUUCUCCUCCCCCUGCAACUCCUCCUGCAUCUACUACCCCUCCUGUUCUUCCUCCUAAUCCUUCCUUCCCUCCUCCUCCUCCCCGUCCUCCUCCCGCUCCUCCUCCUCCUUUUCCCGUCCCUCCCCCCAAUACCCCUCCUCCUGCUCCCCCUCCUGUUCUUCCUCCUAAUCCUUCCUUCCCUCCUCCUCCUCCCCGUCCCCCUCCCUCUCCUCCUCCUCCUUUUCCCGUCCCUCCUCCCAAUACCCCUCCUCCUGCUCCCCCUCCUCUUCUUCCUCCCGUUCCUCCCGUUCAUCCUCCUCCUGUUUCCCCACCUUCAUGCUCACCAUCUGGGUCCCCUACACCAUCUAAUACUCUACCUCCUUGCACAUCAUCUACACCAAAUCCAAUCACUUUACCAACAGUUGCUUCUGUUACCUUGCCAACACUUCCACAAAUUUCAGCGCCUCCCUUGGUUCCAGGAUGUAUGCCCACUCAUGGAGGGACCUCAAAAGGCACCUGCUGCAUAUUUCCAUUCAUCUAUCAGGGAAGCCCGCAACACCGCUGCACAAGGGCUGAGAGAGGGUACCGCUGGUGCUCAUCUACAAGUGACUACGACAAAGAUAGGCUUUGGGGAUUCUGUGCAGCAUGCUUUCUUUCUCAUGGAGGUAAUUCAAAUGGUAACUGCUGUCAUUUCCCCUUCGUGUACAAAGGUAAAAUGUACCCAACAUGCACCAGUCAAGAUGCAUCGACGCCUUGGUGUGCCACCACGUAUAACUAUGAUGCUGACAAACAAUGGGGCUAUUGUGGAGGUGAUGCCCCUGGUUCGGUUCCCCAGCCCAAGAUUUCCUACGCACCCUGCUCCUAUGAGUGCGAUGGGAAAUGCAUCGAUUCAUGUCCUGACUACUGCUGUGUAAAGAACAUGAGACACAGCAAUGCGCAGCCGACGCUACAAGCACCAAUGAAUCAGGCUCAGCAAGGAUCGACAGCCCAGCAAGUCUCGCCUGCUCCAUCAUCAGUAUGUCCUGCUAUUUGCAGUAAAUUUUGUGCCCCUGACUGCCCCUUUCGCUGCUGUAAUCUUUCUUCGCUUCCUUCUCCCUACGUACCAAAUAUCACUCCAUCACAAGUCUAUUGUCAACCUAUUUGUCUAAGAGUUUGCUUCAAUACUUGCCCAGCGCAAUGUUGUUCGAAGACACGAUCUGGCGUGGCUCGUGAUUCUUCUUCCUACACAGUAACCCUCCCCUGUCCAGCAAACUGCUACCAUAGUUGCCAUGAUAAAUGCCCAAAGCAGUGUUGUAAGACAACACAACAUGAAACUAAGACGAUUCCGAUGCUAGAUAGCUACUCACCUUCCCCUCUAAGUGUUCGAUCCAAGUUAGUGUGUCCUGCUAGCUGCUACUCAUCCUGUUCCGGAUCGUGUCCCAAGAAUUGCUGUAAUGUGCAGAUCGACAACGUACUCAAGAGCCAACAAAGAGGUUCAAGUGAAGCUGUAUGUAAAGUUGGUCAUACUACAGUUGGAGGAAAUGCCCAGGGAGCCUGCUGUAGGCUUCCCUUUAUUUACAAAGGCGCGGUUUUCUGGAGAUGCACAGCUGCAGAUGCUGACAAAAAAUGGUGUUCAGUCACUAAAGUCUUCGAUCUUGACCGAAAAUGGGGUUACUGUGCUUGACUGAAUAAAUGAUUGAGUGCCGUAAAAGUAGUCAUCUAACCAAGACGAAAUUCUAUAACGGAACGAUUAUCAACGGUGGAUGAUAUAUGACGAAGUCGGUGUUGAAAACAAUGUCAUUUACGUACGCUUCCUCCAAAGUACUGAACGCAAAUAGACGUUAUGGAAAUCAGUAGGACAAGUAGAAGUUAUGAACUUCCAAAGGACAAAACCACACGUCAGACUUAGUUUACCUCCACUUUAUGAGAGGUU